UGUUGUGUACAUUAGAAGCGUCCAUGCUUUAGUAACGUUAUCAGAUGAUUUGAGCUCAUUUUUGGGAAUUAAUCAUGAAACUGAUCGAUUAAACUGACCGGAAUAAUCUUCAUUAACUCACCGACGGACGGAUAUAAAAACUAUCUGAUUUCACCUCCCUCUACUUCUACUAUUAUUACUACUAACUUCCUACCAGCAGUCCACCAUGAAGAUCAAGCGACAGAAACAUGCCAAGAAGAACAUCAGCUUCUACAAAUUCAACUUUAACUUCAGACAGCCUUUUCAGAUCCUCAUCGAUGGGACUUUCUGUCAGGCUGCUCUGAAGAACAAGAUCCAGAUCAAAGAGCAGCUUCCCAAAUACCUGAUGGGGGAGAUCCAGCUGUGUACCACCAGCUGCGCUCUGAAAGAACUGGAGUCUCUGAAGGAGCUUUACGGGGCCAAACUCAUCCUGCAGAGGUUCCAGGUGAGGAGAUGUCCACAUUUUAAGGAUCCGGUUCCUGCCUCAAAGUGUCUGCUGUCCAUGUUGGAGGAGACAAACCCACACCACUACUUUGUCGCCACACAGGACCACACAGUGACCACCGGCCUGAAGAAGAUCCCCGGGGUACCUCUGCUCUACAUCAUCCUCAACACCAUCGUGCUGGACAAGCCGAGCCAGUCGUCCCUAGACCAUGUCCAGGCCGUCCAGCUGGGAGAGCUGGUGAGCCCAGCCCAGCAUCAGAGCAUCCGCAGCCUGAAAGAAGAGCAGGGCAUCGGCCAGAAGGACGGAGAGAGACGGGGGAGGAAGAGGAAGAGGAAACAGAGCAACCCGAACCCUCUGAGCUGCCUGAAGAAGAAGAAGAAAGCGGGGCCGACCCCGCCGCAGAAAAAAACUGAGCAGGGGGAGAAGAAGAAAAGGAGCCGGCACAAGAAACGCAAGACGGAGGGAGGGGAUAACACACCCGCACCUUCGCUCUCUAAUCCAUAAUGUGGCAGAAAAGCCCAGAGACUUCUCUUCAUUAUGUGUUUAAUAUUCGAAGAUGUUCGUGGUUAAUAUAAAACAUUCUGCUCUGUUAUUCUGUUGUGACUUCAUAGAAUAAAUCAGCGUUUUAUUACACAAAACACCAGUUUAAAAUACCUCUCAAAUGCUUUUAUUUUGAAAAAUUCUCGCAACAGUUUCAGAGACUCACGACUAUAACAGGCAUAAGAUCCAAACAGCUCAAAUACAUACAUUUUUAUCUGCAAGGUUUAUCUAUGCUUUUUUUUAAUACAAAAUAAGGGGAAAAAGCAGUAUUACAGGCACAGAGUUUAAAAUAUAAGAUGCACUAAGAUGUUAUAAUAUGCAUUUUAUGGAAGCAGAUAUAAAAAAACAACGAUGCAUUCAGCCGUCUUUGCAGAAAGCACGAAGUAAGAAGUGUGACUUGUUUAAAAUGCUGUGAUUUCAGCCUGCAGGGUU